GGGAGGGCUGCAGGUGCGCGGCGGGAGGGCGCUCUGCCCGCGGGACGCCGGGACCCCGCCCCAGCUCGGGGGCGCCCCUAGGUCCGGCACGCGCAGGUGGAGGCGAGCGCGCGAGACCGGGAUGCGGCGCGGAGGGCGGCAGGGGCGCCCCCCGUAGCUAUAGCGGGCCGAGGAUGGGUGCAGCUGGGCGCGCCCGGGCGGUUCUGGCACAGCCGCUGAGCGGGCGGCGCGCGGAGCCGGGGCUGGGCAAGCGGAGAGCCAGAGGCGGCGGCUCCCGGCGGGAUGCUGAGGGGACGGCGGCCCCGCGCCGUGGAUGAGACGCGCCCCGCGCGCGCGCCGGGACGUGGCCGGGGCCGCCCAGCCGCUGUGCCAUGGCCGCGGGCGCGCUGUCCAGCUCCCUUCUGGUCACCUGCUGCCUGACGCUGGCCCUGUGCAGCCCCAGCCUCCCGCUGGAGACGCUGGCGCGGGCGCCCGAACAGCCGGGCCCCGAGAAGCGCGAGUACUGGAGGGGCAGAAGCGGGGAGGCGCGGGCCGCACAGGACGAGGGCAGCCCCGAGCCCCCGGAGGAGUACGCGUACCCCGACUACCGCGGCAAAGGCUGCGUGGACGAGAGCGGCUUCGUCUACGCCAUCGGGGAGAAGUUCGCGCCGGGGCCCUCCGCCUGCCCCUGCCUGUGCACCGAGGAAGGGCCGCUGUGUGCGCCCCCCGAGUGCCCGCCGCUGCACCCGCGCUGCAUCCACGUCGACACGAGCCAGUGUUGCCCGCAGUGCAAGGAGAGGAAGAACUACUGCGAGUUCCGGGGCAAGACCUACCAGACCCUGGAGGAGUUCGUGGUGUCUCCCUGCGAGCAGUGCCGCUGUGAAGCCAACGGAGAAGUGCUGUGCACGGUGUCUGCAUGUCCACAGACUGAGUGUGUGGACCCUGUUUACGAGCCUGACCAGUGCUGUCCCAUCUGUAAAAACGGACCAAACUGCUUUGCAGAAACAGCUGUCAUCCCUGCGGGCAGAGAAGUGCAGACUGAUGAGUGCACCAUUUGCCACUGCACCUAUGAGGAGGGGACGUGGAGGAUUGAGCGGCAGGCCAUGUGCACGAGGCAUGAGUGCAGGCAAAUGUAAGGCUGAAUAAGCACAGACUUAUUUUUUUAGGAUAUUUUACUGAUGUGAACAUUCUAGAUGACUCUGAGAUUCAUCAAUCUAAAGAAAAUCAUCUUUGAUGAGGAAUAAUGAAAAACUAUAGUUACUUUUGCUUUCCUUAGUAAGAAUUACUGAAAGAGAAGGAAAUGGAUGUAUUUCAAAACAUCAAGAACUCUGGGCAUAAAACUCCUCUCUAAAUAAAUGUGCUAUUUUCACAGUAAGUACAUAAAACACACAAUUAUAUAUAAAAUGUAUUUCUAUAAUCCCUCUAUUAGAGCUUAUAUAAAUGUUUUCUAUAGACAGAUUAAAAAUGCUGUGCUGUAAACCAUCCUCAUUGUGUACAUGCAAAUUUUUCUCUGUUCUAAUUUCAUCACUUGGGAUGGACUUUUAUUGUUGAUUAUUUGAAGAGAGCACCAUAAUUGCUUAUAAGAUAGUGAACAAUAUUUCUACGGGAA